AAAUAUACUAUAUAUGUGUACGAUAGUUUUGACAGAUUUUUAUCAGUUUAUUUGCAGCUAAAACAGUAUUUCAUGUGUUUUUAUUUAUGUCGGACGCCAAACAACGCUCGUGUAGAAAAUAGUUUCAUCAUCUCGAUUUAUUUGUUUGUGACAAGGAAAAAAAAUUGUGGAUUAAAGCAAUGACAGGCAAAAAGAUAACAAAUUAUUCGGGGAAGGGUCGAAAUAGUUUUCAAAACGCAAGUAAUCAAAUGGUUAGUACAAGCAAAAAUCCUAUAAAACAGAUGAACGCAACGACUGCUGUAACAUCUAGUCCAAUGGCUGGCAAUUCAAGUAGUACUCCAGCUGUAACAGUGACAAGUACCGCUUUGCCAUUGUCUAUGUCAACACUCAUAAAAACUAGUGAAAAUAUCAAGUAUCUUCCACGUUAUACAAGUGCGUUAACCAAAUCAGCAAUUGAACUAUUUCCAGCCGAAGAAUUAGAUGGCAUUCAGUUAGAGUUGGAGAUAUUACUUUCGACUGUAGCAUUGCGUUAUAAAAGUUUGAAAAGUGGUUUUGAUUCAUUGGAUCGUGAAGAUAAAACACAUAAAAAGAAUGAGAAACAUACAUCCGCUGCAUUCGGUAAGCGCAAAAUGACUAAAGAAGCAAAAUCCUCAAAUCAAUCGGCCAAAAUUAUAAAAAUAAAGGCCAGCGCAUCUGAUUCACCGGCUCAUUCACAGCAUACCGACGAUAAUGCGGAUACUUCGCCAACAUCACAUCAAAAUAGUCAAUCAUCAACAACUAGUCAACAGAAUCCAAAAGUGUUAGUCCCAAAAAAUGAUAUACCCAAUAAAUUCUGGCUAUCUGUUGAACCAUAUUGUAUGCCAAUUACUCAAGAAGACGUCAAGUUACUAGAUGAUAUGAUUGAAGAGUAUUCGGGGCCAUUGGUACCACCAGUACCAGAAUUGGGACCACAUUAUGCUUCACGAUGGGCCACAGAAGAUUUACGUGAAGAACAAGACAGCUCUAAUCUAAAUGCCAAAGGAAAUAAACGCUUCACAAAUGCAGCUAAUCCAGAAGUAAAUAGCAUGCUGAAGAAAGGCGAAAAGGUGGCCAGUGAAAAAAUGAUGGCAGAAGGUAUUACCGGACCACUAACGCAACGACUUGUGGCGGCUUUACUUGAAGAGAAUUUACUAAAUUCAAAAAUUGGUGAUAUUAUUGGAUCAAGCGAUGGUAGCAUGGCGAAUGAAAGCAAUGACAGUUGUGGUGAAAACAACUUAUCAUCAGCCAAUCGGAGCAAUGCUUCGGUUUCGAUGCCAAUAGCAUCUCUUUUAAAAAAUGGUAUAGACGUUGAAAUACGUUUGAAAAAAGAAUUAUUCGAGUUGGGAAUCCUUGACAUCAGUGAUUUUCCCAAGGAAAAAGAUGAUGAAGUCUUGAAUGAAAUAAAACGCGUCCGCACUGAAUUGGAAUCAAUUUCUGAGUACAAUUUAAACGAAUUGAAGCAAUUACGAAUUGCUGCCAAAGAGGAAAUGCAACGUUUGGAAAUAAAGCGAAAACUUGAUGCUGUUGAUCAAGAAUUGAUUGAAUCAUACAAAAGAGUGUGGGCUGCCAAACAAAAACGUCGUCCAUUAACCAAGCAAGAGAAGAAUGAAAUCUAUCGCUUAAUCGAAGAACAAAAGCGACUUGGGGAUCAACUAGAAUCAAUGCCAUUUCCCGGCAUAUGUCAGCAAAAAUCAAAUGACUAAUUGUAACACAUAUUUAAUGUAUUUCAUUGGAAUUUAAUAAAGUCACUUACCUAGCAAA